AUGCCAAAAUUAAAAGAACCCAUAGUUAGUACUAGAAAAAAAAGAAAAAAAGAACAAGAACAAGAAAGUCAAUCAGAAGGUUCAAGAAUUUCAUCUCAUUUAUCAGCAACUGCUGAAACACCACCUAGUAUACAAACAGUCUUAGGAAAUAAAGAAAAAGACAAAUUGUCUAAUAGUGCCAAAAAUAAGAGACUAUACAAAUAUAGACAACCAUCAUUUACUUGGGAAUACUUUAAAAAGAAAAUUGAUGACAUGAACAAACAUGGAAUUAUUUCACAAGAUGAUGUAGUAGUUUCAAAAAAGAUACAAGAUUCUAAAAUUACCAAUUUCAUACAAAAAAUUUAUUCUUAUUCCAAAUAUAUUCAAAAAAGACAGGAAGAAGCAGUCCUUAAAUGGAUAUUACUUACAAAUCAGUCUCUCUUUACAGUUACUGACAAUGCUUAUAAAGAGAAAAUAGCUGAAUUCGAUCCUUCUUUUGUUGUCUCUGAUAAAAAAAAAAUCAGAACCAUCAUCAUUAAAAGUUUUCAAUAUAAUCACGAAAAUUUAAAGAAUCUUAUAAAAAUUGUAGAAAAUAUUUUACUUGCAAUAGAUUUCUGGUCUAGUAGAGCAAAACACAGAUAUUUAGGAGUUACUGCAACUUGGAUUAUAUCAAAUUUUGAAAUAAAAGAUGUGAUGUUAAAAAAUAAAUAUGUUCCUUCUCCACAUACUAGUAAAGUUAUUGUCAAUGAACUUUAUAAAUUUAUUGAAUUUUGGGAUCUUAAAAACCAUAUAACAUCAAUUACUACUAAUAGUAGCUCUAAUAUGAUAUCAGCUUUUUCUUUAUUAAAUCAAAAAGAAGGAUAUGAAAAAAUUAAAUGCCUUUCAUAUAUAGCCCAUAUUAUACAGUUAGCAAUCAGAAAAGAAUUGGCCCCAGCUGAGAAGUUCAAUUAUACUGAUAUUAUUGGUUGUAUUCAAGAUGUAUUCACUCAUUGGAACUUGACAUAUUAUGCUUGGGAUCGCCUUUAUUUUUUAAAAGAUACAAUUACUCAACUUCAAACUGAUUUAUACACAUCAGCUGAUCAAGAAAUUAAGAAAGAUGAUAGCAAAUUAAAAGAAAUUCUUCUCUCUGAUGAUAAAUAG